AAGUUGGCUGUCUUCAACAGUACACCGUUUACUGUUUACAGAGCUUAGACGCCUCUUCGACCUCUAGGGCUUCUUCACCUUUGAUCCCCGCGCAGAGAAAGCCUCCUCCACUCAAUCCCCUCUCUGCCUCCCUUGCAUUCAUGGCGAACGCACCGGGACGGUCGUUUUUACAGGUUGCGGCUACGGAAGAGGCUGCCGUGCCACCUCUCAGAGUCGUUCAGAUUGAGGGACUGGUAAUUUUGAAGAUAAUUAAGCAUUGCAAGGAAUUUUCACCAGCUUUAGUCACUGGACAACUUCUUGGGUUGGACGUGGGAAGCGUCUUGGAAGUUACCAACUGUUUCCCCUUCCCGAUUCGGGAGGAAGAUGAAGAGAUAGAGGCUGAGGGUGCUAAUUAUCAACUUGAAAUGAUGAGAUGCCUGAGAGAGGUUAAUGUUGACAACAACACUGUUGGAUGGUACCAAUCGACUUUAUUUGGUUCAUAUCAGACAGUUGAACUUAUUGAGACCUUCAUGAACUACCAGGAAAAUAUAAGACGGUGUGUAUGCAUUAUAUAUGAUCCAUCGAGAUCCAACCAAGGUGUUCUGGCUCUGAAGGCCUUGAAGCUUUCUGACUCAUUCAUGGAGCUGUACCGGAAUAAUAAUUUCACUGGGGAGAAGUUGAGAGAGAUGAAUCUUUCGUGGGUAGAUAUCUUCGAGGAGAUACCUAUAAAAGUUUCAAAUUCUGCCCUCAUAAGUGCCUUCAUGACCGAAUUGGAGCCAGAUACACCUGUUACCCAGAGUGAUUAUGAUCGCCUAAAUUUGUCAACUAAUCCAUAUCUGGAGAGAAAUGUGGAAUUUAUGAUUGAAUGUAUGGAUGACUUGUCAAAGCAGCAGCAGGAGUUCCAUAACUACUAUAGGAACCUUUCACGCCAACAAUCUCAGCAGCAAGCUUGGCUUCAAAAGAGGAGGGCGGAGAACAUGGCACGUAAAGCUGCUGGAGAAGAACCACUACCUGAGGAGGAUCCUUCUAAUCCCUUCUUUAAGCCAAUUCCCGAGCCUUCUCGAUUAGAUAGCUUUCUCAUCACUAAUCAGAUUUCAAACUAUUGCAAUCAAAUUAAUGGGGUUGCGGGCCAGAGCUUUAACAGACUCUAUUUGAUGAAGGCUCUGCAUGAUAAUUAAAUACGUAGUAUUUCCAGGAAAUCCACAUCCCGGUACUAUGCAUCCAUGGAUCCCCAAAUGGGCCAACACAGUAUGUGUCUAUGGUCUAUCAAAGUACCAAAAGAGCCUUUUUUGAGUGAUGAAUUGAUGAAGUAUUUGAAGUUUGUGAGGAAUUGGCCAUAUAAGUGUGAUAAUUUUUUCGUAAACUUUAGUGGGGAUAAACUUACAAAAGAAUGUUAAUUUGUGUUGUAUUCAUUUUGAACAUUGGCGAUGUAUAAUUCAAUAAAUUUGAGAUUAUGUUUCUGAUUUUUGUUGAUGAGAUACUGAGUUUGUAGAAAUGACUUUUUCUUAUUCUGUAAAAUAGAUAUAUUCUGGUUUAAAA